UCUUAGUGCAACCAACCUCAAGAACUUAGCUCAAAUUCAUUAAUAUACCUCAAAGAAAAACAUGUAUGCUACUACUUCCUUUGUUUCACCACUUCUCCAUGACCUUGAAAUUUUCCACUCAAGAAGGAUGUUACUUCACUCUCCAAUUAACCAACCAUCAAAUUUAGGUAAUCCUCCAAUUUCCACAAAUAUUCAUGAUUCAAGUAAAGAAUCAUCCUAUCUUGGAGAUGGUAAUUUUGAUGCAAAUGUUGUUAUGGUACUCUCUGUCCUAUUAUGUGCUCUUAUUUGUUCACUUUGUUUGAACUCAAUCAUAAGGUGUGCAUUAAAGUGUUCCAAUUUAGUUGUGACGAGUGGUGGUGGUAGUCAUCACGCUAACACUCCAGCUCAAGCGACAAACACUGGAAUCAAGAAGAAAGCUUUGAAGACUUUCACCACGGUGAGUUAUUCGGCCGAGUUGAAUCUUCCGAGUUUGGACUCAGAGUGUGUGAUAUGUUUGUCAGAAUUCACUAACGGUGAUAAGGUGCGCCUUUUGCCAAAGUGUAACCACGGAUUUCAUGUUCGUUGUAUUGACAAAUGGCUAAGUUCGCAUUCGUCGUGUCCUAAAUGUAGACAAUGUCUUAUUGAGACAUGUAAAAAAAUUGUUGGAUCACAAGGUAGUUCAUCUCAAUUACCUCAGCCUAUGUUGUUUCCUGUUCCAGAAACAAUUGUAACUAUAGUGCCACUUGAACAUGAAGGUUUGGUGCGAGACUAUAGGGAGGUUAGCUAGCUUAGUGGUGUUUUUCUUCUUUGAAGAUGAAAUUGGCACUUUGAGUUUGUAGAAUUAAUGUGUUGAAUUAGAUCUAGCUUAGACUUAGCCAUCUACCACAAUCAAUGUAGUGGUUAUUGGUCAUGAAUGAUUGGAUGUGUAGAAUGUUCAAACUUCUGAAUUGUAUAAAAACACGUUCAAGUUGCAAUUGCAUUCUUUUCUGUUA